UAACAACGUGCCGGUGGUGCAGCACCCCCACAUGAGCCACCUCCACCCGCUGCUGUCCUACAGCCCGGAGGCCUUCUCCCCCCAGAGAGCCUCGCCGGGCUUCUCUCCGGACGCAGGGAUGUCGAGGACGCCCUGCUACCCGGUCUCUCCAGGAGGCAUGGCUCAGAUCCCGCACCCCCUCGGAUGGCUGCAGGGACAGGCGAUGUAUCCCAUCGCUGGAGGCUUCUCACCGGCCGCGCUGGCCAUGAACGCGUCCAUGUCGGGCCUGAUGUCGGGGAACUUCUCUCCACGGUUGGUGCCGACCUCCCAGUCGUCCAUCCCGCACCCGGCCAUCGUCCCGCGGGAGGUGAAGCAGGAGCCUGCAGGCAGCAGCCAGCCAGGAAGCGCUGACGUCCAUCAGGAGAAAGAAGACGAGAGGAAGCCGCACAUCAAGAAGCCGCUGAACGCGUUCAUGUUGUACAUGAGGGAGGAGCGGCCCAAAGUGGUCGCGCAGUGCAAAGUUAAAGAGAGCGCCACCAUCAACCAGAUCCUGGGACAGAGGGUCAGUCUCUCAGCGCGUCUGCAGACUGUUGCAUGUCCCACUAUGGGAACCCUUUCUAAAGAAGACAGCCACACGAGUGUGUUUUGGGAGCGUAGGUGUGUCAGCAGAAAGAAUGUAAACAUGAGGGAGAGGACCAGCGUUGAACUGCGUUAUCUCACCUGUUAUCAGAGGUGCAAAUGUGAGGCUCAGCAGCAACAUCCUGCACACAAAGACUGCACCGGUGUCGUGUGUGAAGAUUACCUGCCGUUUCAGUGGCCUCUGCUCGACGUCCCGGGACGAGCAUCAAUCAGAGACUCUGCUACUCCGACGCACCUGCUCAGACCAGGAGAAGAUGAUCAGAGAUGCAGCCCAGAGGCCCAUGAUCCCUCUGGAGGAACUGCAGAGAACUACAGCUGA